UCCCAAAUGGGGAAUUAAAAUUCCAAUACGAGCAAUGCAUCGUGCCGUUGUGGUAUUGAGCUCCUCGCGUUCACUCCUUGCCAGGCUGGUGACGGAGCGUUUGGAGGUGCAAGGAGACGAGUUGCGAGAAACUUAUAUAUUGCAGACCAACUGUGAGCCGGUCAACGAUAUGAUCACCACAUUAUCACCAUCCUCUCUUUCUUUCCGUAUGCACGGCAGGCCAAGCAAAAGUCCUGGCUGCAGCCCAUCAUGGCCAAGCUGAAUCUUGUGCUCAGCAUGUAUCUGCGCUAGGUGCAGCUGCAGGGCUUCAUUGAUAGACCCUGCGAUAAUUUAAAGUCCCAGGUGGCCAUGUGGCCGUGUAUCCAGCGAAAACUGCCCAACUAGCGGGCGGCAGUCAUUGUGGCUCCCGACAGCAGCCAGCUGGGCAUAGAGCUGGGCAUGCUGCACACGCAGCCAUAUUAAUUUACAAAGGCGAAAGACAUAUCUGUGUAUAUAUUGUUAUGUGCGCGACAAGGUGGCCCUGGUCAUGGUAGAUAUGACCGACACUAGCAACACCCUGUGUAUGGCCAAGAUCUAGGCUAUCUAUGAACAACGGCAACAAAAUUCGCUUACUCGACGUAACCAAGGCAUUUGCCAAGCAUAUAAUGUGCUUGCACGAGCAGAGAAACUAUCAGCAAAUGGCCAGGAUGACCUCGGAGCUCAAUUAUCUCAAUGAACGAAGAGAGCUCGGAUCUGGAGCAAUACAUAACCAUAACCACAUCUAAUUUGGACUAAUUUUCAUCGAAAUUCAGGGCACCACUUAUGAUGAUAUGAUGACAUAAGCAAAGAUGGCUACUUGCUCAAGUUAAACCGCGUCAGUGUUGGAAAGAGCUAACUGAAAGUCCCAAAAAGGGAGGCAUGAGUAGAAAAGGAAGAAAGCCAAAAUGAACAGAGAAGCUGGAGAUAGUCAACAAAAUACAUAAUUAUUAGGAGAUGCUGUUUUGGAACUUGGAGGGGACAUCUCCUGCCUGUUACAUACCCCUGCACAAAUGCAGUAGAGCCAUGCUUAAGCAUUUUUAAAUGGCUGAUUAAAGAAAUCAGUGUAAGAAUUGCCAAUACCAAUUCGUUUGUGUUUGCAGCUCUGGUCAACAUAGCAUUGUAAGUAUUGUAAAGGUAGAACAAAUUAGUCAGUGUUCAGUCGAAAUUUUUCUAAAAAAUUGAAUUGAAAACGACUUGCAACUGAUUAAAAACGGAAGAAAACAAGUUGCUAUCCUUCUGAAAAGUAUUCCAAAAUGGUGACAAGAAAGUUUAUAGCAUUGACUGGAAACGUAGCUCUGCGUGGAAAGAAAAAAUUCCAAAAAUGUAUACCGGAGAUGAUGCCGAUCUUCAUAAUCUUUAGUUAUCUAGAGGGUGCGCUUCAGUCAACGUUUCGACUGCGCAUAGAAGCUACCGCAAUUGCCAUUAUAAUCGACAGCUCGGUAUUGGUGGGCGGCAUUUAUGUUGUGUUCGAUAUUCUUGUAAUUUUAACGGCCGCCGGACUGAUUGCGUGCCACAAGAGCGAAACUGUGGCCAUAUCCUUGUUGCUGCUGCACCACACGCUGCAUUGUUUCUUUUUUACCAUGUGGAGCCUGAAUCAGGCCCUGCACGAUUUCGUGGACGUGGGCACUUUGCUGCUGCUGCUGGCGCUGCGUGAGCGGGAGCGUGCCACGUUCGAGGAGGCCCUGAGGAAACAGCGUACCGUGCAACGCCUGCUGCUGGUGGCACGCGUCUGCAUGUGCGGCAUCUAUGUGCUGUGGUGCCGCGAAACUGAGAAUGUAAUCAAUGAUCGUUUUGCCAUGGUCUGCGGCAUCUGUGUGCUGCUUGGCUUCUACUGCCAGCUGGCGGCCAGCCUGACGGUCCUGACUCUUAUUUGGCACGAUUGUUGCAUGGUGAACUGGUCCUUCAUGCUCGGUUGGGAUGAUCUGACAAUUAGUGUGUCCAUCAUCAGUUCACUGAUUUUAAAAGUGGCCGGAUAUUUGCUAAUGGCGCGUCUCGGCGCCGGAAAGUGGUCCCUAGACGCUCGCCUCUAGCUGCCAGUGCAGCAGCACUCCAUCAAAGACCAAAGAGCUCGGACACGUGCUUCAAUUUCUCAACUGAAGUUGAAUUAAUAAAAACUCCUCAAGCAUUACGAGCCAAAGUCGACCA